AUAAUCAACACAAGUCUUACACUAUUAUAAAGGAUGCAACUUAUUCAAAGCAGGCGCAGAUUUCAGACAUACAGGUGUUCUCACAAUCUCAAAUGAUGGAUGCUAAAAGAAAGUUAUGUUUGUUUAUUUUCAUCACAUCAUAUAUCGGAUAUGCCAAAUCCAGCCUUUAUAUGGCCUAUAGCGGGAACACUGCUGAGGUUAGCCUUGGCACCCGUGCAGUGUUUGAAUGUUCCUCGUCAUCGCAAAUCUCUCAAGACAAAUUGCGAUCCGGUCGGAUUGAAUGGGGCAGAAACACGAGAUACUCGGUGUCUGCUCAAGUCAUAGCACGGUGGACAAAUGAGAAUGGAAUUGAGAUCUUAGUCGAUAACCCCGAUGACCGAUACAAUAUUGAAGGUGGAAUCUUAUCCAACGGACGUUUCAGACAAUAUCUGACUAUUCAAAAAGUUCAACGGAUUGACCAGACUGAUAAUACUGGGUAUUACUGUGCUUUAUUCAAUUCUUCAGCGAGUAUGUUGGUUAAAUCUGGAUAUGCUCCAUUGACUGUCAAAUAUCCCCCUGCAGAACAUUAUCCUCUUUGCACAGCGACACCAAAUGACAUCACCAGAGAAGUAACACUUGUGUGUACAUCAGAGAAAACUACUCCAGAUGUAACUGUACAAUGGUAUAAGGACGGACAGAAGGUGUCAGAUGCACAUCCGACUGGUUACAAAAUGAAAUCGACCUAUGAGGCCCUUGAAGAUGAAUUUCGAAGCGAAUUCGAAUGCCGACUACAUUACGUGGACGGAAUUGAUGUUGAGGUUCGUCGAUCCUGUACAUUUAGUAAACCGCGAGUGGCUAUUUUAAGAAUUGGAGGAGAAUCUCCAAAUGAAGAAAGUACAUAUCAUGCAUUUGCUGUAUCUAAUCCCCCUCUCACAUCCGACAUCAACUGCACGCUGGAAGAAUCUUCAGACACUUCCCAACGUUUCGAUAAAGAGUUUCCUGGAUAUGGGGUGGCAGCCGUAGGACCUGUAGCUCCAACUGAUAAUGGUAGCACACUGGUGUGUCAGGCCAAAAAUGUCUUCGGAACUGAGGAUGCCAGGAUGACAGUAUACAGUCCAAGCGAUAACCAGGAUGGAGAAACUACUAUCUCAUCCGUUGUGACCAGUUAUAUGCCAGGCGGUCAAGUUCUCCAGGCCACAAUUUGGCCCACAGAACAAGAGAUAAUUCCUGGAGAGAAUGCGACGUUUGUGUGUAGCUACAGCCUUACCAUCCACUCGCACGUUCCGGCAAAAGUAGAGAUCAAAUGGGAACAUGAUGAUACUGUUACCACCGAGACAGAAGAUAAUAUCCUUUUCAUUACUAAUGCAGAUUAUGAAGAUUUCACAGAGACAUCGGUAACCUGCAUUGCUUCUGUAAUUACCGAUGACCCAAUGAUCAAUACGGUUCCUGAACGCAGUUCUGCAACAGUUCGAAUCGGCAAAGCGAGUCCUUGCGACCCAAAACUAUUAUCCUCAAGUUCGACGCAAGGACAGUCCCACACCAAUAUGAAACCCUAUUAUAUCGCCGGCAUAUUCGUUUUGGCCGGAUUGGUUCUCAUAUUGAUUAUCGCUCUAAUGUUUGUAAUGGUGAGAAAACAGAAACAUCAGAAGAAAUCUCGCUCUGACUGGGAACAAUCUUCCAGAUCUCAAGUUACCUACCGUGCUGAUUCUGUCUCUUCAGGAGAAAGACCUGACAACAGAAUCGUCCGUCAAUCAUCCAUCCAGCGAGCAUUACCGGCCGAACCAAAUCAACCCGCACCAACCACGACACUCCGAUCCGUUGUGACCUCACCUUCUCCAGCCACUUUGAUAAUCAAUGAUUCUGGCAGACACAGGCUGGAAUCCAUCUCCAGUUGCACCACGUGUAAUACAACCACUACGGAUCUUCCAUACCAGGAGAUGGUGGGCGAUACUGGUAUCAACAAAAGCCGCCACGGAAGUGUCUCGAGCAACGUCAAUUUCAAACGCCACGUCCCUCUUAUCCGAAGCCACUCUGUAUCGGCAACAAUGAUACCUGUUCCGAAUGGAGGCUUCUUGCCUUCAACUGCAAAUGACCAUCCUGGUUUCCAACGUACGGUGAGCGAAGGUGCUGGUGAAGACUGCUACGAAGAUCCUGAUGCUAUUCGAGAGCGUCGUCGGGCGAACCGAGCUCCUAGCAACGAUUACCAGUCGACAGACAAUGGCUCAUCUAUAAUGUCAAUGACAAUGCAGAAUAAGCAGCUAGCAUCCCAGUAUGCCAACUCAUCGCUUACGGAUGAUUCUGUUUUCCUUGUCUGAAAUGGUGACGACCUCAGCAUUCAUCUUCUUGCAUCUUUUCAAAACACCACUAUUGUGGAUUUCUUACAUUCCAAUGGGUAUGUUAAUUAUCAAUACCAACGAAGCAUAUCCAUGUACAUUGUAAGAAGUUUUGUUGUCUGAAAAGAUUAUUAUGCUGACAUCGUUGUCGAUAGAUUAUGGCAAAAUAUGUGUAAUAGCACCAAAUUAUCAUUAUCGAAGCUUGAUAGUAAUCAUACCAAAGCAUUAAUGAAGAUGACGAAGAUGGUGGUGAAGACGAAGAUGAUUGUGGUUUUGGUAAGGAUGACGAUAGCCUGAGCGACGAAGAAGAAGUUGAUCAGGCUGGUGGUUUAUCAUUAUGAUGACUAUGACGACGAGAUUUACCAUAGGAUUAGGAGACUGUUGAUGGCGAUGAUGAUGACGACGACGAUGUUGCAUGUGGGGAUUGCCUGAUAACGACAAGAAGGGAGGAUUAAACAAGUUAAACAAAAAUGCAAAGAAAUUGUCGGGGAUAGAAUAGAAAAGCCUGCGCGAGUCACCUCAAUGUGCCUCAACAUGUAUGAGAAUUAAGAUUGUUCUCGAAUUUCUGUGCUUAUGAAUAUUUAGGCCCUGUUUGAAAAUGAUGAACAUUUUAUCAAGGCGAGUUGUAAACUUAAUAUACUGACAAGUGGAACGUUGUGGCCUAGUGGAUUAGUCUCCGGACUUUGAAACACAGGGUCGUGGGUUCAAAUCCCAGCAAUGGCGUAAUUUCCUCCAGCAAGGAAUUCGUCAACUGUGUGCUGCACUCGACCCAGGUGAUGUGAAUGGGUACCGGCAGGAAGUAAUUCCUCAAAAAACCGUAUGUGCCUUAAUCGGUUGCCUAUAUAGCUUAGUCGGGGUAAUAAUAAUCAUGUAAUAGCAGGGCCUUUUUUAAGGGCCAUUAGCACCGAAAGGUGGACCUGUGCGCUAUAUAAGUAGUCACCAUUACUAUUAUCAUUAUUAUUAAUUGUUAUUUUCUUCGAUCACAAUUAAAUUCUUCUGUCAAACUGUAUACUUAAUUGAUAUUUAACUUGUUAAUUUAAGUAGUAACGAAUGAACAGUUAAAAACAAUGAAUCAAAAUGAAUUAUUUUAUGUUAUUCCAUUGUAAAUAACAAAGAUCGCAGAGCAAAUAGUGGGAGCUCUCACGUCCAUUUUAAUCACUUAUUUCCGCACUUAAAUAUAAUAUAAUCGGCCUAUUUUAAUCUAUCGUACGAUUUACGUCAUAUUUUUAAAUGAUUCUCUGAUAUAUUUCUGUAGAGUGUCGAUUUUUUUCUUUUAUUUAUUGAAUUGAAAAUGCAAAAUGUAGUGGGUUAUCGAUUACUAAACGAAUAUUAUUUUGAAGGGAACAUUCUAUCAUCCGGAUGUACAUAUUUUAUGUUGACAUGUUGACUUAAGUUUGUUGAUAUAUUUUAAAAUGUGAUUAUUAAGGUUCGUGGUAUAAUGUUCAAUUAUUCAGAUGUUAAUGUUCUGGUGUUACGACUUCUCACAGUCAUGGUUAUUAAAUGUGAACAUGUAGCUAAAAAGAAUAUUCAGAUAUGAAUAUGCAACGGACGCAAUAUUAACAUAAUUUUGUGUAUCUAUACACAAUGUUCAAAGUUUGAUGGAUAAGAUGCAUGCUGAUUGGAGUAUUAGAAAAUAUUUAGAAUGAUGUGUUUAUUUUUUUUUAUUAUUCUGAUAUCCUCAUAUCAUGAAUCGAGCACUUUAUUAUUCAGUAUGACCACCAGCUUUAUGGAGUUAUUUUCACCCUUAUUCAACAGUAAAAUGUAAAGGUGUAUGUUUAAAUCCUUUGUAACCAAAAUGAUGUUUAAAAAGAAGAGAAUAUGCACUUAAAUAUAAAAAAUAUGGUAUGAGAUCCCUGCAUAUAGAAUGUUUGAUUGAUAGUUUAUAUCAAAUAUAUAGUUACACUGCAUUUUGUUGAACGGGAAUUUUCAAGACUUGUUAUUAACCACAGUAGUGUAACAGAUACAAGUUUUAUGUUUUUAGUAUACGCUUACGUCUGUCCGAUUGAUAAUAAUGAAAGCACUGCAAGGUGAAACGUUUCCUGAUAUACAAAGUAAUAUACAAAAACAUUUUAAAGAAAGCUUUAUUUGGACUGGAAUAUGAAUUGAUGUGAUUCCAUUUUGUAUAAAUUUAGCGGAGAUUCAAAUCUCAACUGAGAGAUUGUCAAACCUCCAAACAUAGCUGUAGAAACAAUGUGGGGCCCCUGGGAGAAAAGCUUAGCUAUUAUUGUACAUAAUUUAAUUAUAAAAGGCCUAUGAUAACGUCUUACGAUCGACUGAUAAAAAUUCUCAAUUCAAUCAAUGGAGAGAGAAAAAAAAUCAGUCCUACGGCUUUGUUGCAACAGGGUAUAGAUUGCACAAAUAAUUAAGGUUUAUAAAUUUCGUAAUAUGAGUCACUUUUCAUCACGUUGUGUUGGUAACAUCAGGGUUCCGUUUUGAAAACAAUAACAAAUGCAUAAUUUCAAUAACAAAUUGGCUAUCAGCCAAUUAGAUUAAAGGAUUUCAGUGGCUUUUAACUGUUACUGUAUAUUAUUUUGUUAUUAUAACAAGUUUUAUGAAACGGACCCCAGGUCCAAAACAUUAAGUAAACACACAAAUAGGAGAACUGAUACUCUCGCCACUACAAUAUUUUUGCGUCAUCCGUACAUCUUUUAAUUUACAUAUAUUCUGUAUAUAGGCCUAUACACAGUGGCGUACAGAUGGGGGUGGCUUGGGGGCUCUUGCCCCCCACAAAUUUUCACGACAAGAAAAAAAAAGAGAAAAUGGAAUAAAAAGAAAGAGAGAAGGGUGAAAUAUUACAUUAUUUUUUUAAUAUUAGGUAAAAACUAUUACAAAACAGGAUUUUAGUUGUAAUAAAAAUGUCGUAAUUUCGCUCGCUCGCUUUGCCCCCUCGCAACUUUUUAAAAUAAUUUUUUACUAGAUACGCAGUAUGCUGCCCCUAAAUUUUUUUGGCUCAUUACGUCACUGGCUAUACGUACAUAUUCUAUUUCAACGAUAGAUAUGCAUCGAUUAUAAAUGACAAAUAUGACCGAUUUGAGAUGUGUUUUGAACGUUUGAAAAUGGACGCAAUCAUGUUAAACUCUUAUCCUAAUUGAGGUUUGAUUGAUGAAUUGAAGAAUAUUUCAUAAUCAUUGUCGUAUUACAAAACGAUGAAGUAUAUCGCAAGUGAGAGCCACACAGUAAAGUCAUAAUUAGACUUUUGAAUGCAAGUGAGACUGAGGAAGGGGAAGGGAUAUUGAAAUGGCCUUAAAACGUGCCAAACAGGAGAUAUUAAGAGGGAAUGUUAUGCUACAAUCAAAUCAACAAUAUGUCUGCUCAAUGUCUGAUAUAACAUCGUCUUUUGUUGCACAAAAUAUUGUAUUUUAUAUGCAUUUUACCAUUAAACAAUGUGUAAACUAUUAA